AUGCCCAAGCAAUGGCUUAUGAAGAUCGACGCAAAGAAGAGCUUCAGUAGCUUAGUCUUUAGUUUGCGACUUCUGAGCUUGAUAGCGACAGUAUUUAAUCGGGUGACACUUCGAGGUUUUCAAUUGCCCAUACACGGUAAACAUGUAAAAGAAGGUGAAGAAAUGAGCAUGGACCAACCUAUUGCCAUCAAUUUAUUCAAGGGACAUCCCUCUUUCAGACUUUUGCCCAACAAACUGGUGUCUGAAGCAGCAGCAGAGCUGCUUGGGAGCGAUUCGCGAGACUACGAUGAUGAUACCGAGAAUAGGCAUCCAUUGACCUAUGGUUCGGAUGAAGGGGCGCUGUGGGUCCGCGAGGCUAUCACAAGGUUCAAUAAUGACGAGACGUUUCGACUUGCUCCUGAUGACAGAGCAAGAUCGAAGCCAGAGUUUCUGAACUUGAACUCUGGUGCGUCAUACGGAAUGCUCAGUAUCCUGCUGCAGACUACCCUGGCACACACCGGUGUAACAAGGCAGGCAUUCGUCGUUACGCCGACUUACUUUCUGAUCAACGACUGUUUUGCAGAUGCUGGUUUCUCCUCUAAAGUGACAGCAAUCGAUGAAGAUAGCGAUGGUAUGAUUAACCUGGGCCUAUUGGAACAGAAACUGAAGUACUUCGAGAAGGGGACAACCGGCGAUGAUGAUGAGGAGAAGCUGAAGGUUAUAGUCAAUCCAGAGAGAUCGAUUCCCAAGAAAGUGUACAAAUAUGUGAUAUACUGCAUCCCGACGUAUUCGAAUCCCAGUGGUGCUUCAUAUUCAACCGAAAUGAAGAUGAAACUGAUAGAGAUUGCGCGCAAAUACGAUAUGUUGAUUAUAGCAGAUGACGUUUACGAUAUGCUUGACUUCACUCCUCCGUUCAGCUCGCUUCCUCAUCCACAGAAAAGGUUUGUUCAUCUGGACAGAGAGACCCUCGACGACCCAGACAGUUACGGCAAUACGAUCUCGAAUGCCACCUUUUCAAAGUUGAUUGCUCCCGGGCUGAGAUUCGGGUAUCACGAAACUGCUACGAGCAAACUGGCGCAGCAGCUGUCAAAAGGCGGAGCGAAUGUCUCUGGCGGAACGCCAUCACAACUGACCUCCAUGAUCGUAGGCACCAUGUUGAUAAAUGGCUCCGCAGCAAAGGUCCUACGUGAGCUGAGAAGCACAUACGCCGAACGAGCAGCGGUGUUGACCGACGCUGUGAGGUUAUACAUGCCAAGAGGCACUAAAUUUGACAAGCCUGCAGGUGGCUAUUUCAGCUGGCUGACUCUGCCACAAGGCUACAAUGCCAAAGAAAUAGGUCGAAUCCUUCAGGAGAAAUACGGCGUCCUAGUGGCUAACGGAUCUAAUUUCGAGGUCAUCGGCGAUGUCAGAAACUGGGGAGAAUCGUCGAUGAGACUGUCUGUGAGUUUCCUCGAACCCGACGACAUUGAGAACGCCAUCAAAUACAUGGGCCAAGCAUGCUCGGAGUACGCGAAGAGCAAGAGUUUUGAGUUCUAG